GGAGAAGGAGCUCCGGUCAGUGUGUGUGCUCAGAGUGUGAGAGGAGUGUGUGAGAGAGUCUGGGAGGAAUGAGGUGACACCACUGACUGCUUUACUCACACAUUCAGAGCUUCAGUGCUCUCUUCCUGGAGGGAUUUUUCAGACUUCCGGUGUUGGACAUGCCACCCCAAAUGGAUUAUUUCUACCAAGAUGUCCGAGUUCCGCCAGUGUAUGUGGAGCAGGGGCACGAGCAUGCGCAGGAGCACGCGCAUGAGUCGGACCCGGAGUCAGUGAUCAGCUGCAUGCUGGUGGGAGAUGGAGCUGUGGGCAAAACCAGUAUGAUCAUCAGCUACACCAAUAACGGAUACCCCACUGACUACAAACAGACCGCUUUCGACGUGUUCUCAGGACAAGUCCAGGUUGAUGGAGAACCUGUCCGGAUCCAGCUGAUGGACACAGCUGGACAGGAGGAGUUUGACGGCUUCCGCUCGCUGUCAUAUGCCCAUACGGAUGUCUUCCUGCUUUGCUUCAGCGUCGUCAACCCGACGUCCUUCGAAAACAUCACGAAGAAAUGGAUCCCGGAGAUCCGCUCGUGCAACCCGACGUCUCCCAUCAUCCUGGUCGGGACUCAGUCGGAUCUUCUGCUGGAUGUCAAUGUUCUGAUCGACCUGGACCGGUACAAGGUGAAGCCCGUGCUCAGUUCUCGGGCUCGGAGCCUGGCUGAGAAGAUCCGGGCCACGGAGUACGUUGAGUGCUCGGCUCUGACGCAGAAGAACCUGAAGGAGGCUUUUGACGCCGCCAUUUUCGCAGCCAUCAAACACAAGGCCAGGAAGGCCAAGAAGACGAGACUGUCCGACAGGCGCGCGAAAGCUUUUUCCAAAUGCAGCUGGAAAAAAUUCUUCUGCUUCAUCUGAUCCUGUGGGUCAAACCCGUGCACUGUUCUGUGUAAUUUAUUAUUUAUUACUUUGGACUUUUUUUUUGGGACGUGAGAUGCGUUUUGGAUUGCAGGACAUUUCACAUGCACCAGGAAUCGUUCCUGAAUCAUGAUGCACGUCAGACAAGAGGUAAACAAGUGUGAGCAAAUAAACACAGCUGGGAGUUCAACAGAAGGAGCACUGUUUCGGAGUGGUGGUGCGGUUGAUUAGUUUCCUAUAACAGCACUUCUUGAGGUGAUUUGUUCCUGUUACACCUCAGCAAUUUGACGAAUUACACUACUUGUACUUUUUAUCCGAAAGUUGUGGAACGUCUGCUAAACGAUAAACUCCUGGAGAUGUCCGAAAACUUUCCUUGGACUCUUAGAAAGUACUGACACUGGAGACUCCUUUUAUAAAUAUUAAAUAGACCUUACAGAAAACGACUCCUCAUAACAAUUAUCAUAGAUCGAGUCUGUUCCUAUAAAUUGAACUGAAUCCAAAACUGCUGUUAUAGAAAACUAAUCAACAGUGUCAUUUAUAACCAGUGCUGUGGCGUAUUAAGAAUGCACAUCAGACAAGAGGAAACGGCACUCUCCAGAUGACAAUACGAGCAGCACCUACAGUAUUUAAACGAUGGGAAUUUGCAUGAUGUGGGAGGGUCAGAGCCCACAGCAUGGUGUGAGGAGCUGAAAGGGUUAAACGCUGACUCUCUUUGUGUUCAGUGCGACGUUGUCAGACGGGACUUUUCAUAUGCGAGCUACGGCGUGACCUGUAUUCCUGACGGCUCCUUUUGAACAAUUGAGAGGCGACUUCACGAGUGCGGGAUUGAGUUUGUUCAGCCAAGCAGCAUCUCCAGCAUGGCCAUUGUGUUGCAAAUGAAUCUCAGGCCAAUGGGGGAGUUCUUCUCCAGCACAGGGAUGCUCAGAUCUUUACUUGUUAUUAGAAUAUAAGACUCACUCAGCCUUUAUGUCGUGUUUAUGUGUUUAAACCAAUACAGUUAAGCACCACACACACACGCACACACACACACGGGCGCCUUGUUUUGGAUCACUGGUUUGUUUAUAUUGCUUGCACUCUUUAUCUCGGAGACACUGCAUUGAUUCAUUGACUCCAGUGUGUGUACAUAUGAUACGAUCAUGUAAAAAUAAUGCUGGUUUUGCUAAAACACUAAACCUUAUGCUUCCUGUGGAAGACAUUUUUAUAGCGCUGUUUACUCGAAACAGUCAAAGUUAAUGCCAUUGGCAAGAAGGACUUCAAAUUUUCACUUACACACACACACACACACACACACACACACACACACACACACACACACACACACACACACACACACGAUGUUUUGGCAUUCACUGAUCCAUUUGUUUGUUUUUAUUGUUGUUUUUUUGUAAUUUUUCAUUCACUCUGGACGUCUUAGCAUUGUUUUGUGAGAUGUUCUAAUAAAAUGAAGUAAAAUUA